AUGUCCAGAUUUGGAUCGAGGACAGCAGUUCCCAGCUCCAAAGUUUCCACGCGAAGGCCUGUUGCUCCAAAUCCAUUCGAUUCUGAUUCCGACUCUGAAGUCACCACUAAGCCCGUGAAGAAUCCUACCCACGAGAAAGUCAACUCAACGGCCAAUCGUGCAGAUCACGAUAGUGAAGACCGGAGAGCAUCCUCAUCUUCUCAUGCACAUUCAGGAUACUCAUCGGCGAGAAACCACUACAAAAACGAUUUUCGCGACGAUGGAGGGUUCGAGAACCAGAGCGUGCAGGAGCUAGAGAGCUAUGCUGCCUACAAGGCCGAUGAGACCACAAAAAGACUCCAUGGCUGUGUCAAGAUCGCUGAAGAUAUCAAAGAAGAUGCCACGCGAACCCUGGUUAUGUUGCACCAGCAAGGGGAACAGAUCACAAGGACCCAUCUGGAUGCUGCUAACAUAGAGCAUGAUCUUAGCAGGGUAUGAACUUUUUAAGAAAAAAAUUAAAUCUUUACUGGGUUUUGGGCAAAAUCGGCUGAAGAAUUUGUUUUUGUGCUUGUUAUUCAGGGUGAGAAGCUUCUGGGAAACCUUGGGGGGCUUUUCUCUAAGACUUGGAAGCCCAAGAAAGCUCGCCAGAUCAAGGGGCCGAAACUCAUCAGAGGUAAGUUUAUCUGCAGAAACUAUGGUUCAUUUGACCAUAUUUCUAUAUAUGGAUGUUAAUGUGUACGAUGGGGUCAACUCCUUCAGAUGAUUCUUUCAAGAAGAAGGGAAGCCACCUGGAGCAGAGAGAGAGGCUGGGGUUAUUCUCCAACCCAAAGGAGCGGACGAACCCCCGCCAUCACAGCUCCGAGACUAGCUCUGCGCUCCAGAAAGUAGAGGUCUGAUGCCCGCCGUCGAGCUGGUCACUUCAGAAAGUCAACCCUUCUGGGUUAUCUCCCCCCUUUAUUGACUUCUUUCUUGCACCAGGUGGAGAAGGAAAAGCAAGAAGACGCCCUCUCGGAUUUGAGCAAUAUGCUGGGUCAGCUGAAGGAGAUGGCUCUGGACAUGGGAACCGAAGUCGAAAGGUCAGCCUCCCCUUCCCAACGGCGGUUUGGGUUGACUUUUUAUCGUUCUUUGGGGGGUUCGGUUUGACCAACGGGCUUUAUUAUCUCAUGUAUCCAGGCACAACAAGGCGCUGGACCAUCUGGGCGAUGACGUGGAUGAACUAAACAACAGAGUCAAAGGCGCCAAUGCCCGUGGGCGUCGUCUUCUAGGGAAGUAA